AUGGCGACCCUCGAGUACGUUUCAAUACCGCCGUGCGCGACGCGGCUGCGAUCUUCGGACAAGAAAUCGAUUGAUCCAGAACCCGAGCUCAAGACAAAUCUACCAGCAGAGCAUGGUUCCGAGCCAUUACCUCUUCUGAGCUCGCCGACGGCGGCAACGAGCCCUACAUUACCAACGACGUACGCAGUGCUCCCACAGAUUCUCCUUUCGACCACCCUACUCUCCAGUGGGAAUGGCCUUUCCCUCCCCCCCGCGCCGACGAGUGUAUCGAAACUUAUGUCGAAGAAAGACCCUCUCUCGAUCCCAAUAACUACCGUCAAUUUCAGGCGCUUUGUGGCGCGCGUAGGGGCCGUAUUCUGGCUCCAAGACCGGGUGGAGGAAAUCGUGAUGUGGAGGAAAGGGUGGAAGUACACAGUUACUUGGAUGGCAGCGUAUGCAUUUCUCUGUAUAUACCCGCGCUUAGUUUUGCUCCUUCCUCAUACCAUCGUGAUUGGCGUAAUGCUCGUGAACUCCCCUUCAUCGCCCUCUCCUACUCGAAAACAACGGUCACAUUCUUCGCUAUUGACGCCGCCUCCGCCGAAGCCUCCUCAGACAGAGCCCACACCCCCUUUUACCACGCCCGUAGCUGAGGGGAGUAAAGAAUGGCUGGCAAAUAUCCAAGGCAUUCAAAACCUCAUGGGAUUUGGAGCCGAUGUGCAUGAUGCUCUUGUCCCCAUUCUAUCGCAUCUGACACUCCUUCCCACACCGCAAUCGCCCACUUCAACAAGAGUGCAAGCUCCUACCAUCUCGUUCUACAUAUUUGUAGUGACCGUGCUAACACUGCCACUACUGGCCUUCGUCGUAACUUCCCAUUAUAUCCCCUUGCGACUGAUUUCCCUUGUCGCCGGCAUCGCACCCGUGCUUCUCCUCCAUCCCUCCGUCCUCCCCUACGUUCCCCUAGUCACGCGUGGUUUGGUCGAUUUCACAGUAUGGUGCGUUGAUGCUUUCGAAGCGUCCUUGAGAACUACGCUCCGCCGCAUCCGUCUUUCUCCACACCUGCGGUCAAUCAGACCUUAUCUUCCUGAUCACAGCUCUGAUUCGCCUCGCAUUGGACACACCAUACGCCACAUCCGCACAUCCAUCACGCGAUUCAUCGACAACGAUAGAUUACAGGACGACGUCUGGAACGCCCCGAUCACAGAGGUCGAGUUAUUCGAGAAUGAACGGUGGAAAGCAGACGAGGGUUCUUACGCGUACUCGGAUGAUAGCCUCACUGGUGGAACCGGUGAGCAGCGUUGGAGUAAAGCCAACCUGCGUGACACCGAGAGACGUGGGUGGACGAGAGGGAGAGAUGGCUGGAACGGUGGUGUUGGCGAAGAAGGCUUUGUUAGUAGCAAUUUGACGUUCUCACUCGCUUCUGGGUGGGCGUUUGUAGAGACGGAGGAUUGGAGGAAGGACGUGGUGGGAAAGUGGGUUGGGGGUUUGGUUGAUGAUGAUGGCUGGACAUAUACGAAUGAUGUGUGGUCGGAGCCCACAGCACAUCCCGUUUAUCAACCACCCAUAGCUACCUCGCCGUCGAAAGACGCGCAAAGGCUAACUGAGGCUCCUGCCUCGUUUACGGUCACGCGGCGAAGGAGGUGGACAAGAAGGAUUUGGUACAAAGGCGUGUAG